AUGCCACCAGAAGGCGCAGACCCGGCUGAGAAAUGCCCUGUAGACCACCGAACACGCGAACGAUGGCUCGAAGCAGCGAAAGCCAAAGGCCAAGCCACACCACCACAUCCACCAGCCUCAGUGCCACCCACCCCAAAACCUGAAUCCUUCUACUCCCUCGACACAGGCCGCUGGCACGCCGGCGCACCCAUCAGCCCCAUCCCCUCCUUCUCCCCCUCCUCCCAACCAAAGCGUCCCAAACUCUACUCCCUCUCCACCGACCGCGAAAUCUCCACAAUCCCACGAGCAAUCGUCGACCCCUCCACCCUCAACAGCGCCGAGAAAGCUGCCCUCCCAGAUGGUACCUCUGCAAGCCAUGGCACGCCCGCUAAUGCCCAAGAAGACACCGGCCACGACAGAGAUAGCGGGAAUUGGAUAUAUCCCUCUCAGGAACAAUUCUUCGCCGCCAUGAAACGGAAAGGUCACGAUGCGGAUCCGAAGGACAUGAACAACAUCGUUCCAAUUCACAAUGCUGUCAAUGAGAGGGCGUGGGGUGAGAUCAAGAAGUGGGAAGCAGGGUGGGGGGCGGAGAGGUGUGGUGGGCCGAAGUUGGUGAGCUUUGCGGGAAAUAGCAAAGCUUUGACGCCCAGGGCACGAUACUACAGUAUGAUGGGGUACAGCGAGCCAUUUGAUCGACACGAUUGGGUGGUGGAUCGGUGUGGAAAGAAGGUUGAGUAUGUGAUUGACUUUUAUCAAGGGAAAGGAGGGUCUUUGAGCUUUUUCCUGGAUACGAGGCCGAAGUUGAAUAGUUUUGAGGGGGUGAAGAUGAGGGUUGCCAGGUGGUUUGGGCUGUAA